AUGCUCAGAGCUUGGUUGCUCUGGACCGCCAUUGAGAAAGGGGGCGUCGAACCCCAUGAAGACAUGCAGGCGCUCGACGCGCUCUGCAGCGCCGUGCCGCCGGAAAUGUGGCCGGUGAUUGCGGACAAGAGACGGCCAAGGAGGCCUGGGAGGCUAUCGCCACCAUGCGGAUCGGCAAUGACCGCGUAAAGAAGACGUCGGCUCAGAACUUGCGGCGGCAGUUCGACUCGGCGAUGUUCAAGGAGGGAGAGUCUGUUGAGGACUACGCGCUGCGUCUCAACAGCAUGGCGUCGACUCUCACCACCCUCGGCGACAAGGUCGAAGAGACGCAGGUAGUGGAGAAGAUAAUCCGCAGUGUUCCCCAGCGUUUCAGGCAGAUCGUGGUCGCGAUCACGAUGCUGCUCGACGUGUCGACGCUCACCGUCGCGGAUUUGACGGGUCGGCUCAAGGCGGCGAAGGAUGCCUUCGAGAAACCGGCGUCGGCUAUGCACCACGACGGCAAGCUGUACGUGACCAAAGAAGAGUGGGACGCACGGCGGAGGAAGCGUGAUGCUGAGAAAACUGGUGGUGGAGGUAGCAGCAGCGUGACGCACCGUGGAGGACAUGGGCACGGGCGCGGGCGCGGCCGUGGCAGCGACAAGGGUUCGUCAUCAGGCGGCCUGACGGGCAACUCAGGCCGGCCCAGCGGUGAUGAGUGCAGGAGAUGCGGGAAGCUGGGCCACUGGGCCCGCGAGUGCCACUCCAAGCCCAAGAAAGAGCAGGCCCACGUCGUCCAGGAUGAGGAGGAGGCCUCGCUCCUUCUCGUGAAGUCAACGACGGCCAUAUCGACGGCGCCGCCACCAACCUCCACUCCACCCCGUUUUGCUGCGACUCCGCAGGCAGAGGAUCGGCUCCGGCGUGCAAGCCCACCGCCGCCGGGAGCAAAAUGGGUCCCCGUCAAUGGAGGGGCCGCCAAAGAAGAGAAGAAGCCAGGCGCCCAGACCCAGAUCCAUCUGCGGGAAGAGAAGGUGUUCGCCCACCUUGAAGAGGAGGAGCUGCGUGAUGAGGAGGCGUGGGUCGUGGACACGGGCGCCACGAACCACAUGUCGGGUUCCCGUACGGCUUUCACCGAGCUGGACACGGCGGUGCUUGGGACGGUGCGGUUCGGCGACGACUCGGUGGCGCGGAUCGAAGGCCGGGGGGCAAUCGUGUUCCUGUGCAAGAACGGCGAGCACCGGUCCUUCGCGGGGGUGUAUUACAUUCCCCGACUGACGACGAACAUCGUCAGCGUCGGCCAACUCGAUGAGGCCGGGUACCAUAUCGACAUCGAGAAGGGGGCGAUGAAGGUCCAUGAGCCAGGCGGACGGCUCCUGGCGAAGGUGAUGCGCGAAGAGAACCGGCUGUACAUUCUCCACGCCAAGCUGGUUCGGCCGGUGUGCCUGGAGGCGCGGGGAGUCGAAGAAGCUUGGAAAUGGCACGCACGCCUCGGACAUGUCAACAUGACCACGCUGCGGAAGAUGGCUCGGGAGGAGCUGGUGCGGGGGUUGCCGGCAGUUGGUCAGGUGGACCAGCUGUGUGAGGCGUGUCUCGCUGGCAAGCAGAAGCGGUCGCCGUUCCCCGAGCAGGGAGAGUACCGGGCGCGGCGUGUUCUGGAGCUGGUGCACAGCGACCUCUGUGGUCCGAUUGCGCCGGAAACGCCAAACGGCAGCAAGUAUUUCCUGCUGCUCGUGGAUGAUCGAAGCCGGUACAUGUGGGUGGCCAUGCUACCUUCAAAGGACCGUGCUGCGGUGGCCAUCAAGGAGAUCAAGGCUCGGGCAGAAGGCGAGUCAGGACUGAAGCUGGGAGCGGUCCGUACUGAUCGGGGCGGCGAAUUCACCUCACAUGAGUUCGCGGAGUACUGCGCGGGAGAAGGUAUUCAUCGUCAACACACGGCGCCAUACAGCCCGCAGCAGAAUGGCAUCGUCGAGCGCAGGAACGGCACGGUGGUAGCAACCGCGAGGAGCAUGCUCAAGGCAAAGGGGCUGCCGGGCUGGUUUUGGGGUGAGGCAGUGGUGGCAACUGCUGUAUACAUCCUGAACCGGUGUCCGACGAAGAGCGUGGACGGCGGUGCACCAUCUGAAGAAGCCGACGGUGCACCAUCUUAA